AUGGAGUUCGCCACUGGAGCGUUGGGCACCCUCCUCCCCAAGCUGGGGGAGCUGCUCCUGGAGGAGUACAACCUGCACACGGGUCUGAAGAAGGGAAUCAAGGACUUGAGGGACGAGCUCCUGGUUAUACAAGCUGCACUUGUGAAGGUGUCUGACGUGCCACUAGACCAGCUUGAUCCGUUGGUCAAGAUUUGGGCUAACGAUGUCAGGGAGCUGUCCUUUGCUAUUGAGGACAGCCUCGACUCCUUCAUGGUGCGUGUCGAGGGUCUUGAGCCGACUAAGCCACACACCUUCCUCGGGUUCAUCAAGAAGACAUGCAAAAAGGUCACCAAGCUCAAGACUCGUCACGAAAUUGCUAAUGACAUCAGAGACAUCAAGAUCCAAGUUAGAGAGGUGAAGGAUAGGUAUGACAGGUACAAAGAUGUUAUUGGUAAUACUAAUGCGAGAACGGAAGUCGACCCACGUCUCUUGGCCAUGUACAGCAAGGUCUCUGACAUUGUUGGCAUUGACAAGGCGAUUGAUGAACUAACAAAGAGGUUGUUUGAGGGCGAUGAUUCAUCUGGGAAUAGGCUCAAGGUUGUCUCUGUUGUUGGAUUUGGAGGAUUGGGCAAGACAACUCUUGCUAAAGCGGUGUAUAACAAGCUUAACAAGAAAUUUAGUUGUGGAGGUUUUGUUCUGGUGGGUCAAAAUCCAGACACGAAGAAAGUUCUCAGGGAUAUCCUCCUUGAACUUGACAGGCAGCUGUACAGAGAUGCAGCAACAAUGGAUGAACGACAGCUGAUAAACGAGCUACAAAAAUUCUAG